GGAGGGAGGUGUUUCUGUCAGUUCCGGCUGUUUGUUCGGGAAGUGGAUCCGCCGCUGCCGGAGCAGCCGGGAGGGAGCUGCGGAUCGCGAGGCCAGGACCGACCCCGCCCGCCCAGCUCGCCCGCCCGCCCGCCCGCGCGCGCGCGCCCGCCUGCCCGCCGCCCCCGCCCGCCAUGGCCCGGGACUACGACCACCUCUUCAAGCUGCUCAUCAUCGGCGACAGCGGUGUGGGCAAGAGCAGCUUGCUGUUACGAUUUGCAGACAACACCUUCUCAGGCAGCUACAUCACCACAAUCGGAGUGGAUUUCAAGAUUCGGACUGUGGAGAUCAAUGGGGAGAAGGUGAAGCUGCAGAUUUGGGACACGGCAGGGCAGGAGCGCUUCCGCACCAUCACCUCUACGUAUUAUCGGGGGACCCAUGGGGUCAUUGUGGUUUACGAUGUCACUAGUGCCGAGUCCUUCGUCAAUGUCAAGCGAUGGCUUCAUGAAAUCAACCAGAACUGUGACGAUGUGUGCCGAAUAUUAGUGGGCAAUAAGAAUGAUGACCCUGAGCGGAAAGUGGUAGAGACAGAAGAUGCCUACAAAUUUGCCGGGCAGAUGGGGAUCCAGCUCUUUGAGACCAGUGCCAAGGAGAACGUCAAUGUGGAGGAGAUGUUCAACUGUAUCACAGAGCUGGUUCUGCGAGCAAAGAAAGACAACUUGGCGAAACAGCAGCAGCAGCAACAGAACGAUGUGGUGAAGCUCACCAAAAACAGUAAACGAAAGAAACGCUGCUGCUAAUGCCCCAGCCCACUGCAGAGACUGCACUGCAUCCCUCCCAGCCUGAGGCCUCGGAGGCUCUCGGGGGACAGUCUCAGUUUAGUGCCGUUAUUUAAAGAAUUCUCUCCACGUUUUUUGUAUCUGGAGGCGCCAUCGGCACUUCCUCCCCUUUUCCCCUUGAGUGCCAAGAAGGUGUUGGACGAGCCCGCCCUUCCCCACGGUGCCCUCUUCCCUGCCGAGGCGCCUGGACCUGGUGAGGACGCUGCCAGCUGAGUGGACUGAUUAACCAGUUUGUACAUAGUGUAUAUUGCAUUAACCAGCUGCACACCCUCAGCCUGCUCUGGCUUUUGGCUCCUUCCUGCCAACCUGCUGCAACAGACCCUCCCCAGCCCUCCAUCCCAGCUCGACGGCAGCUUCCUGAGGAGCCAACCUCGUGUCCUAGCUGAGUCUUUGGCCAUCCAUCCCUGGCCCAUGGAGUGCACUCCACAUGGCUCCUACCCUACAGCUGCUCUGGGAGCUGGGAACCUGGCUCCACACAGGCCCUGUCCUCUGCUGGCCCCUAGGCCUUCAGUUCCUUCCACAGAGGAACUCAGUCCUGCCCUUUUGGACAACAGGUUUCUCAUUCUGCCUUCUAGAUGCCUCUGCUACAAACCCAGGAGAGCCAUGGCUUCUCACUUACCCAACAUGUUUCAGUUCCNGCAGAAAGGUAGUGGGACAUCUGUAAAGAGACGGAGCUCGCAAGGGGGAGCAUUUUAACAAAUACAACCAAUGAAGCCAAAUCAAAUGAACUAAGUUCCUCACAAUUAUUUCCUUGAGAUCUGAUUGGCUCAAUAGCAAAAGAUAUGACUGUUCCACGUCGGGCUCAGUAUUUUUAGAAAAGGUNUGUGGCUUCUGUUGAGUGCAGGGCUAGGCGCUCUCCCUUCCAUGGGAAAGGCUGGCUUUGCACUCUCAUACCUGUGUGCUCGAGGGCCUCCCGCUGGAGAAAGUCUGUAAUGUAGCACCAGGCGCCUGUGCCAGACAGAGUCAGGGGUUGCUGGGCUCUGGGAAGGCACCUCAAGCUGGGACCGACUGGUGGCUUUUGCAUUACUGACAGAUGUGUUUUUAGUAUGAAGGUGGUAGGAAGAUUUCCUAGCCACUGGGAAGAAGUGGCAGUGGGGUGGGGGCAGCCAGUAUUCACCUAGCCACCCACCAGAGUGAUCAGCAUUUGGUUACCCCACCCCCUUCCCCACACUUGGUCUCCUUUCCCCUGAAGGAUCACAUAACUCAGAAGAACUGAUUUGGACACACAAUGUGUUUUAGAUUUUCUUUCCUAGGCGAUUUCCAGGCACAGUCCUGACUGGACAAUCAUCACAGAAUACUGCAGAUUUUCCAUGUUAACACUGUGGAUGGGUUUUCAAUCAAUAAAACUGGGGCUUUCUUCUCA